CAUAUCAGUCUCUAUCUUUUCACUUUCAAUCCUUUUCUCAUUUCCUCGUCUCUCUCUGUCUCUAUGCAAAUGGCAAUUGCAAACUUGUUCUUGAUCACAUUGGUAUGCACAAGCCUCUUCAUUGGCUUAGCACUUGCUGACUGGAACAUUUUGAACCAUAGAAAGAAGCAUGGGGUGGGAGAUGGCUUGAAAAACUACUGUGAAAGCUGGAGGAUCAAUGUUGAACUUAACAACAUAAGGGAGUUUGAAGUUGUGCCCCAAGAAUGCAUAGAUCAUAUAAAGAAAUACAUGACUUCAUCUCAGUACAAGGCUGACUCUGAGAGGGCCAUUGAAGAGGUGAUUCUCUAUUUGAGCGGUUGCUGCAAUUUGGAAGGUGAUGGUAAAGAUGCUUGGAUAUUUGAUGUUGAUGAUACUCUUUUUUCUACCAUUCCUUACUUCAAGAAACAUGGUUUUGGGGGAGAGAAGCUGAAUGCGACAUCUUUGGAAUCAUGGAUGAAAGAGAGCAAGGCACCGGCUCUUAAGCAUACACUCAAGCUCUACCAUGAGAUCAAACAUAGAGGGAUAAAGAUUUUCCUAGUCUCUUCAAGAAGGGAAACUCUAAGAUCUUGCACUGUUGACAACCUCAUCCAUGUUGGAUACCAUGGAUGGACUAGACUUGAAUUAAGGGCCCUGGAUGAUGAAUGCAUGAAAGUGCAACAAUACAAGUCUGCAGUGAGACAAAGAUUGAGCGAUGAAGGGUACCGCAUCUGGGGCGUUGUUGGAGAUCAAUGGAGCAGUUUCAAUGGACUCCCCAGUGCAGAAAGGACCUUCAAGCUACCAAACUCCAUGUACUACCUAUCAUAAGUUCAACCUAGCAAACAUAUUUCAUUUAUCAUCUGUCCGAAAAGUCUCCUACUGUGAUCUUAUUAUAUGUUGUUGUUGUGUUUCUUUAAUACCCUCUUGGGAUUGUUGUUAAGAAGUUUUGGGAAGUGUCGUAAGUGAAAUGCUAAAACUCAAUUUAAUGUUCA